UCGAAGCGUUUUUGUUCGAUGCAAGAUUAUCGAAUGCGAUAUUUGUUUUUGAAAAUAAGUUUUAUGAGUGCUAAUUAUCAAAUGGAUUUAAAUAAUACAAGUGAACACCCGGCAUGUGAAGAAGUUGGUGCGGAAGAUGCUUUUAUAAAUAUAGUAAAUGCAAUAAUGCAAAUGACAUCCAAUAUAAAUGCUGAUUUUCCGGAACAAAUUGAAUUGUCUUCUUCUUGUGAUUCCGAUGACGAAGAGGAGGGUACUUUUUGGUUUUUGGAAAGUACUAAUUGUGAAAAUAGACCUUUGAAGAAAGAGUUUGUAUUUUUAGAGGAGUAUUCAUUGGUGAAAAAAAUAAUAUAUGAACAUAACGAAGAAUCAUCGAAAGACGUGGAGGUGUUGGCUAAAGAAAAGAAUAAAAUCAAAGAGAUGACGGGAGAAAGUAAACAGUCAGAAAAAUUAAUUCGACUGGAUAAAAAAAGAAACACUAACGGCAGAUUUCCAUACAAAAGUGAAUCGGAUGAUGAUGAUGAUAAAGAAACAAACAAAUGUUUCGAUGUUUUUGCGGAAUAUUUCCGCAGAAUUCCGUCUAUCAUCUGUGCUUGUUUUAAAAGAAAAAAGUAAAACGGCGGAAUGUAGAAGAUUGUGCAUAUUUUAAACGUCACAUUCCGUUCAGUUAAAAAAAAAAAUGUUAUAUUUUACUUUUCAUCUAUUUAAUAUUAUUAGAAUUUAUCGUUUCUAUAAUUAUAACAAAGGCACAUUACAAAAUUUAUUACGCAAAAUAUCUGGUGUGCAACUUUAUUCGGCAGACGCCAUCGUAUCAUCUGCUCUGUACUUUCGGCCUAAUUAGCGAAAAAAAUUUUCUACUGCAUUCGUGCAUUUUUCGAUUCAAAUUUUAUGGAAAAAUGAAAUGAAAGGUUAACAAAAUUAAAUCAAGUAUAAAUGGAAUUUCUAACAUAACCAAUUUCAGAAAUCUAUAAAUUACAUUUUUAAAAAGAUUUAUAAAAAUGUCAAGGCGUUCCUUCGGGGAGACGUCAUCAAAAUUCUCGUCUCUA